AUGAGUCAGUUUCUCAGUAGUAUUGAGCCAAAUAUUAUUGAUGAUGAAAUGGUUCAGAAAGCCAUUGAAGAGAAGUGUCCAGAGGACCUUGGAGAUCUUGCCAGAAGGGAAUGUACUAACUGGAAGUUUGUGACAGAGCUACAACUUAGUUUUAAAAGCAUCCUGCAGAUUGAUAAUCUGUGGCCAUUAGAGAAUCUGACUAAACUGCAGCUGGACAACAACAUCAUUGAGAGGAUAGAAGGUCUGCAGAGUCUGGUUCACCUUGUAUGGCUUGACCUAUCCUUCAACAAUAUUGAAGUAAUUGAGGGCCUGGAUACUCUUGUCAAACUGCAGGACCUCAGUCUCUACAGUAACAGAAUAUCUAAAAUUGAACACAUGGACACAUUGCAAGAGCUGCAGAUUUUCUCCAUAGGGAAGAAUAACCUGACCACUCUGGAAGAUGUUGUCUAUCUCAGGAGGUUAAAAAGCUUACGGACACUGAACCUCAGUGGGAAUCCCCUCUGCAAUGAGGAGCACUACACGCUGUUUGUUGUUGCUCAUCUUCCAAGCCUGGUGUACUUGGACUUCAAGAUCGUGAGAGACUCCACGAGAAAAGCUGCAGCUUUAAAGUAUGAAGAUCUUACUAAGCCAUUGGAACAAGAGGAGGCUCAGGUCCUUGCUCUGCAGGAGGCACAAGAGGCAAAGCAGAAGGAGCUGGAGUACCACCAGGCAGCCUUUGUUGAGUACCUGAAUAGCUCACUCCUGUUUGACAGUCUGUAUGAAGAGGAUAGAGAAGCUGCCAAACUGGCUUCCCUCCCUGGAGUGGAGGACCUGCUGCAGGCAUACAAGAAGGAGUUUCUCUCAGUUUGUGAGAACCUAUAUAACUAUGGACUGGAAGAGUAUGAAAAACGAGAAGCUGAAGUCUCUAAAUUCUACAAAAGGCUCCAUGAAAUUCUGGCAGUCAACCAGGAAGAAAGCAAGAGAAUAAUCUCAGACUUCAAGAGUCGGAACAGAAGGAGGCUGGAUGAGCUUUAUCAGGCUGGGAGUGGCAACCUUGCUGAGUCUGAACGAGCCCAGGGCAAGGAGGACAUCCGUCAGCUCUGGGAUGCACUCAUGACCUUGGAAGCGCUGGUAUCCAACGACCUGGAGGAACUGUUACAGGAUUUUAAAAGAAGCAUUGAUGUCAUAGCAUCAACAUUCACUGAAAACAUUAAAGGGAUAUUUAACCAGUGCCGGGACCUGGAAAAUGAACACCAUGAAAAGCUGAUGGUGAUUGUCAUCGCCACCCUGGAGAAACUGGACAUGGAUCCAUUUGAUGAGAGUUUGCCAGAUGAUGUUCAAAGGCUCUUUGAGGACAAAAACACCAUUGUCAACAUCAUCAACACAUCCCACAGCAUCCGCCUGCGGAAGAUUGAUAAGCGAGAGAGCGACAUGCUCUGCAACAUCUACCAGUGGCAGAUCUCAGAGACAGAGAAGGCUUUCCAAACUGAGAGCGACAGAAACCGUGCCUGCCUUGGAAAGAUCCUUUGCUUCAUCAACACUCUGCAGAAGGAGCUGGAUAACACAAUGAUCCUGAAGCCUAAGGAAUAG